GUGGCUACAUGCAGUACAAAGUAGUUACUAAAAGCACACUGAGCAGCUAUCAAAAUCCUGAGCCAGUUGUGCUGCGGCGCUUCCGAGAGUUUGUGGCCCUUGAUCAGUUGUUGAAAGCAAAAUUCAGAGGUUACUUUAUUCCCCCACGGCCAGAGAAGAAUGCCGUUGAGGGCCAACGAAUGAAGGACAGCUUCAUAGAAGAGCGGAGAGCUGCUUUAGAGAAGUACCUCUCCAGAUUAGUUUCCCAUCCUGAGAUCGGACCAAGUGAGGAGAUGCGCCUGUUCUUGGAGACUGACGCUGAUCUGGCUACCAACAUCCACUGGCUAAUGGUACAGCCGCCCCAGCAGAGUUUCCUGGAGGGUGCUGCCCGUCUGCCUAAACAGCUGUUUGGCAAGGAGGGUGUUCCUCAGCCCACAGAAGUCAUGCAGCCGGCCAAGAAGUCUGCAGACAUAAUGCGUAUGAUGAGGGAGGGGAUGCAGGGGUUCAAGAACGAGCUGUACACAUUGGUGGAUAUGCCUGAUGAUGAGAAGGAGCUGCGGUGCCAGACGAAGUUGAUGGAGAUGAUGUGGGACCAGCUGUCAGACUCGUCGCGAGUGGCAGAAAGACUGGUCAAGAAAUUCGAGCGGAUGGGUGCUGUGUAUGGCGACCUUGGCCUGUCAUUCAUCAAGCUGUCCAAGUACGAAGAGAUCGAAGGCAGCGAGCGGGCAAGGUUCACUGACACAGUUUCCUGUGCACGGGCACUGAGCGGCGACACUAAGCAGUGCGGGAUAGCUCUUGUUAGGCUUGCACGGCUUGCUCGCAAGGUGACCAACAAGAUGGCUCAGGACCUUGGGGAGCUCCACGACUACAUGUACUUCAUGCCGUCCGUCCAUAGGGCCCUCACUUCGCGGGAGCAGGCGAUGCUAACUUUGCAGACGCUGCAGUCGCAGAAGGUCGCCAAGGAGAAGGCUGUGAAGGAGAUGGAGACCAGUGACAAGCCGCUGGCUGGCGAACGUGCCAAGAUACGGCGCUUGGAGAUGUUCAAGGCUGAGAUCGCGGGACUGGAGAACAGCGCCAUGGCAGCCAAGGCAGAGUACGAGAAGAUCAAGGCAGUGAACUUUCAGGAGAUGGAGAGGUUCCGGGCGCAGAAAGCGGCGGACUUCACAGAGAUGCUGCGCAGCCUGGCGUGCGUGCAGGCGGCAUAUGCGGAGCGCAGCGCGGAGGUGUGGGUCAGCGUGGCCCGCGAGCUGGGCGCCACGGAGCAGCAGGUGGGGGAGACGCGCGGGGGCAUGCCCAACAGGAGCAUAAGGUGUGAGACGGGGAUGAUGGGCAGGUAG